GUAUGCAUGGAACAACCUAGUCACGGACUUUAGUCGGCCAGAACCUGGCAUUGUGCUCGGCGGGCACAUGUCUCCUCUUCUCCGUGUCGUGUCUUGUCCAUAGACCGACGCCUACAAGUGUCGUUGAACAGACUCCUACAGGAAGCACGUAACCAAUGUAAUGAGCUAUCAUCAUCGCUCACAUUACUAUCAUCCGUGCCUGAAUUCUUGGCCAUCGAUCUCCCUUGUGGUAUGAUAUGUCGGGGUCAAAGGCAAUCAGACGGUCUGCACAAGCGUGCAGGCGCUGUCGCCAGCAAAUUAGAUGAAAUGCAGCGGAGGACCGGAGGCAUGCAACAGGUGCGCUAAAGCUGGCUGCCAGUGCGUCUUUGAGCCCGCCUCAGCUAUUCGAGUAUCAGAUCCACAAUCGCAAUCACACUUUCCCUUGGCUCGUCCUGCUCCAUCAAUCGAGGCGGAGACUCGCAUCCCACAAACAAUUGCCCCUUUGCAGCGGUCGUUGGCUAAAAGGAGGCGUCUCAAUAGCCACGAAGCCUCAACCACGCCUCUAUCCCAUCAUCUCAGCUCUGGCACCCCCUACUCGGCCGUCCAGCAUCUUGAACUUCACGAAAACUCUGAAGAAGAGGCAUCAGUUUCAACACCCAAUGUCUCCCCGACUGAGAGUCGGGCGAGCAGCAGCUGUCUGCUGACCUGGCUAUGCGAGGCCGGCAUACCAGUCCAUGAAGCUGAACAGAUGUUUCGACACUUCAAACUGCGCAUUGCUCCCUUCAUUCCGGCGCUCUACGAUGCUGACUUCUCGAGGCUUCCCUCCAGCCCCAUAUUCGGGCUGGCCACCCUGCAAGCAGUAGCUCGAUAUCUGCCCGACUCGGCGAGACUGCGCUCCAUGCUCUGGUCCCAGCUGCGCAGACGCCUACAGGAUCUCAUUUUUGAGAUGCCAGAUCGGACAUCUCUACGAUCUAUCGAAACCAUGCAAGGCCUGAUCGUAUUGUAUGCGUGCUGCGAAGCGGCCGGUCCGGGUGUGCAUCUAGGAGAAACUUUCGGCCCCGACAUUCUUACUGCGCGAUCCAUUGCUGAGGGUUAUGCGCUCAAGAUGGGACUGGGUAGAUGGAGUGAUGGUGCACCGCCGGAUGCUCGCUUCUGUGUGUGGUGGUUGUGGCUGUACAACAUGGGUCAUUACACUUACAUGUUGUAUGGUUGCGCAAAGACUAUGGUGACCACACCAGAAAUCGUCAAAGCCAAAUCUUAUUUGGACAGGACUGCCACCGAAUCUUGCAUCAAAGGGAUGCUUGGAGAAGUGGAGCUCUGCAUGAUUUGGGGGAAAGUACACUCGCAAGGUGGUAAAGUUUCUAAGAAAUUGGAAGACAUGUUUCGCUCGUGGUCCGAUGACUGGGACCAUCUCUUAUGCAAAGCUGAAGGCCGUCACCUUCUUUUUCAUAUGCGAUUCGCGCGGUUUCGAUUGCAUAUGUUAUUGACAUCCCCCAGCGAAGAUUCGGAUCAACAUGCUGCUGCAUCGUUCCAGGUCCAUGCAGCGCAAACUUUCGUCCAAACCGUUACUCAAGCUUCGCCCAUCUCAAAGGACAGACUUCGAUACAUGUGCGACUUCGGUUUCGUCAUGGUGGCUUAUGCUUGCCUUUUCAUCCUAAAGGCAGCCAACGCAGACGCCUUCUAUGACAGAAGGCCUGAGUUGAUAAAAGAUGUAGAAGCUGCAGCGUCUCUGCUACAAUCUUUCGGCACAAAUAAUACUAUUCGUCCUGCUAUAUACGGCUACACAUUGCAGAAGCUCUGUGCAGAGGGUGGAAUCAGAAUGUCGGGAUCAGCAACAUUAUCCAUCCAAAGGCCCGAGCCGACAAUCUUAAAUCAGAUCUCUGCAAAAGAAAUCAACUCCGCCUCGACUUAUAACUCAGCCACAUUUGAUGAAUCACAGAUUAUGCCCUACUUCGGUACCGAGUCACCGAUACUCACUGAUGUUGAUGCGGGCACGGGCACAGAUCCAAAUUACGAGUAUCUACCCAUUCACGACGCUCCCCCGGACACGUUACACAAUUUUGCCGAGUUCUGGGGUUUCAAUCCAAACAUGUUUAUGUUUGGUGGUACGAGUCUGGAAAACGCAUUUUCUGACAAGAUUUGAAAGGGUAGGAGUGGAAUUCAUCUAUCGAGUAGACUACACAUACU